AUGAACGAAAAAGAAAAUUUUGGCAAAAAAUCUAAAGAAAAUGCAAAAGAAGGUUAUCAGAAAACUAAGGAGGUAGUUCAAGAAGGCUCCCAUUUGGCGGCAACUAAAACCUCUAUCACUUUGUCUAAUGAGGAAGCAGAAUUAAUGGGAAGUUUGAAAGAUAAGUUAAAUAAAAAAGGAUUUUAUCCCUCGAAAAGUGAAAUAUUACGAGCAGGUUUAUGA